AUGCUCCAAGACGUUUACAAUAAGCUCGAUGAGUUUAUAGCACAAAUUUCAAACCAGCAACACGAUACAAAGGCAACCAGCCCGAAACUGUACGUUUUUUGGACUCUGGUGACUCCAAAAUUGAUAACGUAUUUAUCAGACGAUUACAACUUGGAAGACGUACUUCGAAUAUUUACGCUCUCUGAACGCGUGAAACUCCGGAAACAGCCCAUUCACAACCUAGCGAAGCAAUUGCUAUCCAAAUUGCUCGUGAAAGUGGUAAUUAAUUAUUUUCGUGGUGCUCCAGUUGAUCAAGAUGUUCCAUUCAAAUAUGAAAAAUAUGGAAAGCCUUUCCUCGACGAAACCAAUGUUCAAUUGAGUAUCAGCACAUCGAAUGAAAUUGUAUGUAUUGCUAUCGAAAAAGGUUGCGGAACACCAAUUGGAGUAGACCUUUCUCAUUCGGUGCAAGACUCCAUCUCUCCAAUCAACUUUAUGAGCCAGUUUGAUCCGAUGUUUUCGGAGCUGGAGAGGACUCAAUUGAUGGAUAUUGAGAAUAUUGAAGAAAGAUAUAUCGCUUUUAACCAAUUGUGGACUUUAAAAGAAGCGUUUACAAAAUUAAUUGGAAGUGGGCUAAAUUUGAAUUUGGCAAGCUUUGGUUUUGAUAUGAAUUUGGUACAUGAUUCUAGUGCAGAUCUAAAGUGGGUUACCUCUUCAGUCAACACAACUGGACUUCUGGAUAGUCAGUUUCUACAAAAGUUGCCCAUACAGAAAUUCAAAUGCUUCUCAACUAUAUUGGAUUUCUCUGCUUCAAUACCUAUUAUAGUAUCAUUUGUGGGCCAGAUCAAUGAGGUCCCUCCAGAAGUGUUGUACUUGGACAUUGGGGAAAUUCUCUUUAAUUAG